CUGAGGAACUUCUCCAUGACGUUGGGACGCUUUCAUCGGCUCCAGUGAGCUGUAGACAAGCGCGGACAUUUUGUUACUUUAUUUCUGCACACUAAUAUGCUUUAGUAGAUAAAAGCUGUGCGUUAUAUACAUAUAUAUAUCUGUAUACAUACAUAUAAUAUGCACAUGAGUGAGAAAGGGCAUGUAGAUGUUUAGAAACAUAGCGGCGUCGACAGAGUAACCGUUUGCUCGCUGUAGUUUCUCAAAUCCAAGAUGUCGGAACCAGUCGGGAAGAGAUUAAAAACUAACGUGCCUAUGUGUAAAGCACACUGCGCUUUGGUGAGCAGUAAAACCAAGCAGAAUUUCCCUACAGCCGUUGAAGAAGGUUUGUGUGGAGUUUCAACUUCUUUGAUGGAGUUUGCCUACAGACUGGAAGCGUUGGCUAAGAUCUUUGAGCAGGAAGAUCUGCCCUUGUCCCGUGUGGCUGCUUUUUUCUAUCAGGAGUCUUCAAGGGAGAAGGCGCAGGCCGAGGCCAUGCUACAGUACCAGUCUGAGCGUGGGGGACAGUACUGCAACAAGGUUAUUCAGAAACCAGGUACCGAGCAGGUGUGCGCACUGCUUCCUGCUCUGGAGCUCAUGCUUGGCCAGUGGAAGGAGGAGAUGGUCAUCAUGGUGGAACUGUGUCAACUAGCACGUGAGCAUGAAGACCCUCACACCAUCAGUGUUGUCAAACGCCACUUCCUCAAUCCAGUUGUCCCAAAGAUCAAGCUGUUGGGUGACUUAUUGACAAAUGCUCAUAAAGUGGGAUGCACCAAUGACAGUACUGGUGGUUUUGGAGAAUAUCUCAUUGACCAGCUUUACAAGGAACUGAGCAGUGCUUGAAAUUCCCUGUAAUAAUAAAGCCCCCUUGUUUGCCAUAAAAUCCUGACCAACAGUAAAGAAUAGAAUUGGUUUCUAUUCUAGCUUUUGAUUUAGAACAGUAGUGUGACUUCAAAUAAAAUUUAAUUGAACUUCAUUAACUACAUUAUUAAUGUUUUUGUGUUAAAACAAAGCCAUUCUAUUUUGUAUGAACAAAGUAAGUUAUUGAUGAUGCAAGUUAUGUGAACUGACUAUUCUUGAUCUUUGUUACUAAAACUUUUUUUUGCUAUGUAUGUUAUCAUGCAUAUUAUCAUGCAUAUUAUAUUGAAUUUCCCUUCUAUUAAAUAUGUGCUUUAUA